GCAUUUACUCUAGGAUUACCAACCAUUUCUGCUGCUGUAUUUGUACCUUCAGACUAUGAGUUAUGACCUGCAGUCAAACCAAGUUGGCAUUCAUCAUUCAAUGCAUUAGCAGAAUUGACUAGAUCCAGAUUGGAAGAAACAAUGGAUUUUUUAGAGAAUAACAGUGAACAGCUUAUUCAAAGAACGGGGAUGGCAACUAUCAAGAAAAUAGUACACUGUCUUUUUGCAAAAUCUGUUUUGUCACAUGAAGAAAAAGAUAGUAUCAUUUGCCAAAAAGCAAAGCAGCAUGUGUCAAGAAAAUUGAUAUACGCCAUUUUGAAAAAAGGAGACAAAGCCUGUGAUCUUUUGGUGAGAUCAUUCGAGCAAGUAGAUUUUUUUUGUUUUUCAGAAACUACAGGGAACCUCUUUUUUCUCAAUUUGUUUAUAGCUGAAGGCUUAAAGAAUUUGAAAAAACUGAAUUUAUUGCAAUUGAAAGAGGUUACAAAUGUUGGAGAUGGAAUGAUAAAUAUAGUAAAAUCAGUAUCCUUAUAUCUUCAAGAGCUAGAAGAAAUUUAUUUAGUUAACUGCUGCAUUUUGGCGACUGCUGUAGAAAUUCUAAAUAUCCUACCAAAGAUGAAAAUUCUGAUGUUCCCUUGGGUGGAUGAAGUGAAUGUUUGCCUUGUUAAGUUGGAAGAACUAGAAAGAAUGUCACAGUUGACCAAGCUUGGGCUAAAGAAAUGCCAAACUACCAACUCUGAGGCCCAAAUUCUGAGUACUCUUUUUGCAAAAGCAUCCCUAAGAGAUCUCCAGCAUCUGGACAUGGCAGAGAAUUGCCUAACAAGUGAGGGAUGGCUUACUAUCUUGAAGGCAUUAACACAUCUCAAGAAGCUGACAUUUCUAGCCUUCAGCCAACAACAAGGCUUUACACCUUCUGCCCUGUUAGUCUUGGCACUGGCCCAUCUAAUAAGCCAGCUGGUUUCUUUACAAGAGAUUGAUCUGACUGGUUGGCAGUUUGAUAUUCACGAGCUGCGAGAAAUUAACAAGGCAAAGGAAAGUCAUAGGAAUGAGUUGCAAGUAAUAGUUUCUUAAAGCAAGCCACUUCUGGACUCAACAUUUGAUUCUCCAGAGCCCAGCUGAAGUGCCUUUCUGUUUCAUACUAAGUAUCUGGACCUUAAUAUGAAGACCAGUAAUGGACUUAGGGGUGGAAAAAGACAGAAUGUAGCACUUGAAAUU